AUGCCGGAUAAAAUGUGGCGCGUGGUGGAUCUACUCGAUUGGACAGUCGGAUACUUUCAACAGAACGGCAUCCCGAAUCCGAGAUUAGAUGCGGAGGUAUUGCUUGGACACUUGCUCGAAAAAAGCCGCCUGCAGCUCUAUCUCCACUUUGAAAUGCCUGUCUUUCAAGAACACCUCACACCGUUCCGAGAACUCAUCAAAAAGAGAAUCGCGCACACACCUGUUAGCUACCUAACGAAUCACAAAGAGUUUAUGUCCUUGGAUUUCUAUGUAGAUGAACGGGUCCUCAUUCCGCGCCCGGAGACAGAACAGCUCGUUGAAACUAUUCUCAUGACAGAAACCGGAGAUUUCCAGCGUUUACUGGAACUCGGUACAGGGAGCGGUGUGAUUGCUACGAGUCUUGCGGUACAACAACCAGAAUGGGAGAUCGUUGCAACGGACAUCUCUGAGUCUGCCCUCGCCGUUGCUCGCAAGAACGCUGAAACACACGCGUGCGCAGCGCAAAUUGAGUUUUUGUCUGGAGAUCUGUUUGAACCGAUAGAAGCAAUAAACACUAAUGGCGACACACGAUUUGAUUGGAUUGUCUGCAAUCCACCCUAUAUCAAAAAUACAGAGCGUGCCGCCUUGAGUCCGGAUGUCCGCGACUAUGAACCUGAGGUUGCCCUUUUUGCUGGAGAUGACGGUCUUGCCGUUAUUCGUCGAUUAAUUGCUGAGGCACCCAAAUACCUCACACCGGGUGGUAAACUCAUCCUUGAAAUCGGUGCAGCACAAGCCGACACCGUUCGAACGCUUCUUGAUGCUGAAUCUGCGUACUGCACGUACGAACUGCUCGAAGACUAUGCGGGGAAGGAACGGGUUGUUCUCGCAAGUAUCUCAUAA